GAUGAUUAUCCAAGUUCUGCUAAGUAUAAAGAGUGGCUUGAUGAUUUUGUAGCCUCAUUAAGGUUUUACCUUCAAGCCGCCAUGAUGAAAGUAACGACACUGUUGGUUUUAGUAACAACUAUUUCAUUUGCAGUGGCAGAUAUUUUGGUAACUAUUCCAAAUGGAAAGCUAAGAGGACGGAAAGAAUAUUCGCAAAGAGGAAUAUCCUUUUACGCCUUUCAACAAAUCCCUUAUGCCAAACCACCCGUUGGAGAAUUACGUUUUAGAGAACCUCUACCUCCUAACAAUUGGAAUGGCAUAUUGGACGCAACCUACAAUGAUAAAUCCUGCGUACAAUUCUUCAACAAUUAUGUGCCAAAUAUAAGUCACUUCGAAAGUGAGGAUUGUUUAUAUCUUAACGUCUAUACACCACAAUACCCUUCUACCAAUUUAUCCCUUCCUGUAAUGUAUUUUAUUCAUGGAGGAUCAUUUUUAAUUGGUGCUGCUAAUUUUGAAUACACCGGUCCUCAUUAUUUGUUGGAAAGUGGAGUUAUUGUUGUAACUGUGAAUUAUCGAUUAGGUGCUUUCGGUUUUCUGACAACUGGAGACGAAAUAAUACCUGGCAACUACGGUUUGAAAGAUCAACAGAUGGGACUCAAGUGGGUCCAGAAAAAUAUCAAGUAUUUUGGUGGCGAUCCAGAAAAAGUAACCAUAUUUGGGCAAAGUGCAGGAGCAUCGUCUGUAGGUUUUCAAAUGAUGAGUAAAGGUUCCAAAGGCACUGUAAUCCUGUUUGUGUACUUGAAUAGGAAUGAGAUAAUAAUGAUCCACAAAAAGGUAGAACAUUGAAGGAUUUUAUUGUUACCCAGCAAAUAAUUUUUGGUGGCAAACUAUUGGCCAUUGAAAUAUUUACAUUCUGAGAAACAAUUGCAAUACAGUGGGGAAAAAUAAAACAGCUACUUUCA